AUUAAUUUAUUUUGUAUUUGAGUGAAAAUCCUGCUGUUCAGGACUGGUGUGAACCACUGUGUCUUUUAAGUUGGUCCCUGUAAAAGCAUGAGUUUUGUUCACUGCACUGCUGAGCUUUGACCUGCAGAACAAAACUGGUCCUGCAACUUGACUGACAAGAAGUAAGAACUUUGCAGUUACAAGUUUGGGCACUUAAAUGACCCUUAAAGUCCAAGCUGAGCUUCUUUUCUGUUAGUUUUCUUCUUUCUGCCCAUUUUUUUCUACAUCUUUUUAAAAGAAAAAUUGCAUUUUUUGGUACAAAAGUCAUUGGAUUAUAUCUCCGCAUCUGAUUGAAGAGAAGCUCCUAACACAAAAUAUACCACAGAUUGAUAAAUAUGUAGAAAAAUAAAUAGCCACACCUUAAAAGACACAUGCCACACUGGGGGGAACUUCCAUGCUUCCUCCUUCUGUUCCACAGCUCCCAUGAAGAAAUGAAAAUUAUGAUACAGCUUCUUUCCUUCAUAGCAUCGUCCGAAGAUUAAUGCCAUCUUAGGACAUGCAUAGUACUAGUCAAAUAAUGAGUGCUCAGAAAAAACUGGGAAUAAAACUGGUAAUUUUCUUUCUAGGGCAGUGUUUAAUGAGUGAAGUAUAAACAAGCUCCAGUAUACCCAGUGAUUGAUGAGAUUUUGGGAAAGCAUGCUGGUGAUCAUUGGUUAUCACUGUCCAUUUUCAUCUAAUGUCCAUGUCACUGUCAAUAAUAUAUGGAAGAUUUUUUUACUUUUCGCAUGCUGUCAUAUCCUUCCUCUUUCCUUAGGGUUGAUGUAGAAGACACAUUUACCUCUGUGGUUGUCUCUGAAGGUGCACAUAAAACAAAGGGAAAUGUUGAUGAAAAUCAUCUGAGAAAUGAGCAUUUGCUGUGCAUUAUUUUUAUGUUUUCUUUAAAAAUAUCUGAAGACCUUCAUAAUUUCUCAAGUACAUAUUAAACCGUCAAGUACAUGAUUUGCCAGUGCUUCUUGAAGUGUUUGGUUAAUUAUCUUCACACAGGAGACAUCAAAACCCAGAGUAUGCUCUCUUUUCUGAAUGAUUAAGCCAAGCUUCCCAUAACAUUUCACUAGCAAGUAAGGCUAUGACAAACUGCUAACAACAAAGUGAAAUCUGAAAAAAACCAGGAAAAAAUGGGAAAAGGAGGAAAAAAAGACCCCAAAGAUGUGCAGAGAAAAGAAGAAGCCAAGAUGCAACUCAAAAGAAAUAUAGGUUAUUUUGAGGGGGUAAGUUUUAUUAUAGGAUCAAUCGUUGGAGCAGGGAUCUUUGUGUCUCCCACAGGGGUGUUAAAACAUUCCUUACUCAAUGUUGGCGUUGCACUAACGAUCUGGACCGCAUCUGGGCUGGUUUCUCUGAUGGGUGCCCUCUGCUAUGCAGAGCUGGGAACCGCUCUGCCCUUCUGUGGAGGAGAAUACAGCCAUAUUAAAAGAGGCCUUGGAUCCCUACCUGCCUUCGUGUUUAUCUGGACAUCAACGUUUGCCAAGCCGGCAUCAAAUGCUGCUCGAGCCUUGCUGUUUGCAGAAUAUGCCACGCAGCCUUUCUAUGGCAUUUGUCCUCCACCAGACGUGCUGAAGAAGUGCUUGGCCUUGGCCGUUCUCUGGUCCCUGGGGAUCUUGAACGGCCUCAGCGUCAAAAUGGCUGCGUGGGUGCAGGCAGUUUUCACUCUGCUGAAGAUGAUGGCCUUGUCUGUGAUUGCUGUCGGUGGCAUAGUUCUCAUUGCCAGGCAGAAGGAGAGUCUGGCCAGGUUUGAGGACAUGUUCGGCUCAGAGAUCCCCGACGCCUCACAGGUUGCCGAAGCCUUCUUCCAAGGGCUGUACGCGUACGGUGGCUGGUGGUCCCUCAACUACAUGGCAGAGGAGAUGAAAAGGCCCAGCAGAAAUAUCCCCUUAACUGUGAUGACUGCUGUUCCUGCAGUAAUUGUUUUUUAUUUACUAGUGAACAUCUCAUAUCUGACUGUCCUCACACCUAAGGAAAUUGUCUCCUCAGUUGCUGUGGCAGUCACUUGGGCUGAUCGAGUGAUCCCCUCUGUUGCCUGGAUCAUUCCUCUGUCUGUUGCUGUCUCAAUAUUUGGUGCCCUCAACAGCAGCAUGUUCACACUUGGUCGAUUAAGCUAUGCUGGAAGUCAGUCAGGACAUUUACCUCUUUUAAUAUCCAUGCUUAAUGUCCAUUCCUGUACUCCAGCACCAGCCAUGAUUUUUUCAACCACCAUUGCAUCCAUUUUUAUCAUCCCCUCUGACCUUAUUACGUUAACAAAUUACUUUGGAUUUUCUGGCUGGCUUAUGAUUGGAUUGACUUGCGCAAGCCUGAUUGUACUUCGAUACCGGGAACCUCAUCUACACCGACCAUACAAAGUGUUUUUACCAAUUCCCUUUAUGAUGGUGGCGAUGUCUUUGUUCCUAGUUCUAGCUCCCAUAAUCUGGUCUCCAAACUUGCAAUAUGUUUAUGCUUUCCUGUUUAUGCUCGGAAGUCUUAUUAUUUAUCUGCCUUUUAUACAUUUUAAAUUGCGUUUUGCAUUUCUUGAUAAAAUUACUUGCCACUUACAGCUCCUGUUAGAAGUCUGUCCUGCUGAGGGCAAAUGUGAAUAA